AUGUUUCGAGCUGUCAAAUCAUUGCCAUGGCCAUCGAUUUCUCGAAAAAUUCGCUGUAUAACGACAAGACCGCAAACCAUCUAUGCACUUUCAUCGUCCCCUGGUAAAGCAGGUGUGGCUGUUAUCCGUAUAUCGGGAAACAAUGCUAAACAAGCAAUUUCUAAAAUGACAUUACCAUCAACUGCGAAAUCAACAGUGACAGACCCACGAAAAGCUUACUUCAGGCGCAUUAGACACCCAAUAUCACGACAAAUUCUGGAUAGAGGACUUGUAUUGUGGUUUCCAGGACCACACAGUUUCACAGGCGAAGAUUCUGUUGAAUUGCAGAUCCAUGGUGGAAAUGCUGUCGUCAAAAGUGUCCUGGAUGCGCUGCAUCAUAUUCAGGGUUUUCGUAUGGCAGAACAAGGAGAGUUUUCUCGAAGAGCCUUUGAUAAUGAUAAAUUGGAUCUCACGGAACUGGAAGGUUUGGCGGAUUUGCUGAACGCAGAGACAGAAAUGCAACAUCGACUAGCGCUUCGUCAAGCAGAAGGAGGAUUGCGGAAGCCAUACGAGCAUUGGAGAGAGCAGAUUAUCAAAUGCAUGGCCACUACAGAGGCCGUCAUUGAUUUUGGUGAGGACGAAAAUAUCGAAGACGGUGUCAUGGAUCAAGUGAUACAUGAUGUUGAAAAGCUGUAUACGUCCAUCAGCUCUCAUCUCGACGACAGUCAUGUAGGUGAGAUUGUCAGAAAUGGUAUACAAGUAGCUAUUGUGGGACCACCGAAUGCAGGGAAGAGCACGCUGCUGAAUCGUUUAGCCAAGAGGGAGGCAGCCAUUGUGUCCAAUAUACCAGGUACCACCAGAGAUGUAGUGGAAGUCAAGUUGGAUCUAGGCGGAUAUCCUGUCGUCGUAUGCGAUACAGCUGGUUUACGGGAAUCUUCUGAUAUAGUAGAGAUAGAAGGAAUUAAGAGAGCAAAAGCAAGGAUCGACACGGCCGAUGUAAAGAUUUGCUUGCUAUCAUUAGAAGGUAUCACUGCAACUGGUCUGCCUACACUGGAUCCACUUGUGCGUAGUGUCAUUGAUAAGGAUACCUAUCUGGUAUUAAACAAGGACGAUAUCUGCAGUCAUAACGAUCUCUCGCAAUUAGUAACCAACAUACAGAGGGAUACUGGAGCCAAGCAAGUUUGGACAAUGAGCUGCUCAACGGGUAGAGGCGUGGAUGUCUUUUUGAAGCAAAUGAUUGACAUUUUGAAACUAAAAUUCGACUCUACUAUUGCAAACCCUGUUUUGAUCACUCAAGCUCGACACAGAGAACAUUUGGAACACUGUGUAUCACACCUUGAAGCAUUCUUAAAUAUGCCAGAGGAGGAUAUCGUGCUUUCUGCAGAGGAAUUGAGGCAGGCGGCUAAUGCAUUGGGCAGAAUUACUGGUCGAAUAGACGUGGAAAACGUGCUGGAUGUAUUGUUUGGUCAAUUUUGUAUUGGAAAAUAG